UUCGGAGGAAAUCGUCGCCCCUGACUCUCUUUCGACAGCGUCAACAUCGGAAACUCGCGGUCGGUGUAGUGCCCCGGUCCCCGGUGGUGCAGCUUCGGAUCGAGCGCGACCAGUCAGCCCCGACGAUCGAGCCGUUCAGCAUGAACGACACCAACAACCUUCGCGCUGAGGUGCAGUCGCGCUCGCAAUCGGUAUACACGAUUACGAGCGAAAGAAACGUAGUUGCUGUGAAAUCGAAAAGGUCUGUUUACAAAAAAUUUAGAAAAAAAGACCUACUCUUAUACAUACUAGCGUUUAUCGUAGCUUUGUUAGCCGUAGCCGUAGUUAUCAUCUCGGUUUUUUAUGCCAAGUUCACACCCACCGAAACCGUGGAUUUGUGCGACAACGAAGACUGUUUGCGCAUAGCGGCAAGUUUCAAAGAAACGAUGAACACUUCGAUCGAUCCGUGCGAUGACUUUUACGAAUACGUUUGUGGGAGGUGGCCGCAAUCGCACCCGUACUUGGACUUGUCCGAGGAGAACAGUUGGUUCAUGGAAAAAAGCUCGCAGAUUUCCAAAAGAGUCAGGAAUCUGCUGAUGAAGCGCUUUAACGACAGUGACAUUCCCUGGGCCGUCAGGGAGGCCCAAACAUUGUUUCAAAGCUGCAUGGAUGUCCAGUCUCGAGAUGAAUUGGGACUCGAGCCAUUGUUCGAUCUCCUGAACGACAUUGGCCUGCCGAAAAUCCCUUCGUCGCUGACAAAGAACACGACCGAUUUCGUGAAGCAACUCGCAAUGACGAAACGGAUCCUCUGGGCGGACAUAUUCUUCGGCGUGUACGUCGCUGCCGAUCCAAAAAACAGCAGCAGAAACACACUUGUGCUUGACCUUCCAAAUCGACAGAACCCAUUUCCAAGCGAAAAAAUAUUGGAAAAGAGGCUGAAAAAAGUAAGAGAGAGAGCGCGAGACAUGUUUGUCGACGAAGUGGAUGAGGAAUCGGCGAAUUUUUCGUUAGCCGAGAAAAUUUACAUGUCCGAGAUAAUGAAGCAAAUGAUAAGCAACGGUACGACCGACGAGCCGUCGUGCAAGUCGAGAGGACCAUUUAUGUUGGUACCCGAAGAGGAGAUCGACCAAACUGUGGAUAAACUCUUUGAUCUGAGCGGACAAUUUUAUGUGAUAUCGAAGAGCUAUCAGAACAAGACGGAAGACAUGCAGGACAUUGGAGACGACAAUUACAUGCUGCUCGACGAUUUGCAGCUUGAAACCGACUUGUACGUCAAAUCGGUUAACGAAAGUCUCGAGCCGAAAAUUGUUUGGAAACCAUUUUUCGAGGAAUUUUUGAAAAUCAUUGACGAAUUUGAUCUCGAAACUGAAAAGGUUUUGGUGACCAACUUGGAGUACUUCAAACAAAUAUCAGUCAUACUAGCCGAGACCGAGGACAAUCUGUUAGAAACAGCUAUUUGGUGGAUUGUGGUGGAUCAUUGCGUGCCUUACUCCUCGAAGGAGUUGAGAAAAAUCUGGCAUUCGUACGUAAACGAGUUGACCGGUUCGUCGGAGCGCUCGUGGUCGACUUUUUGUGCCGAAAAUGUCAACGAUUUGAUGGGUAUGGCUGUUGCCUGGCUAUACGUGAAUCCGAUGUUUUUGAAGGACGGAUCCAGCAACCAAGUUUACGAAAUGUUGAAAAACAUAAAAACGUCCUUCUCGAAACAUGUCUCGAACGUCGACUGGAUGGACAAGAGGACGAAACAGGCAACUAUGGAAAAAAAUAGAAACAUGAGGUCCCUCAUUGCCUAUCCCGAAUGGCUUUUCGAAGAAAUUUUACUUAACGACUAUUACCGAGGAAUGAACAUGUCAACGACGAGAUACUUUGAGAACAUGGUGCAAAUAAUCCGCAUCGUCAAUUACUACGAGCUGUGCUCCUUGACCAACAAGUCGGAUAGUAACGAGCCCAUAUGGCGCGUCGAGCCCACGGAGGUCAACGCCUUGCAUAACUUUCAGGAAAAUCAAAUAGUGAUACCCUUUGGAAUCCUUCAGUUUCCCUUUUAUGGAUUAGGUCUCGAAGCUUUGAAUUACGGGGCCAUUGGAACGAUUUUGGGACACGAGUUGACCCACGGGUUUGACAACAGCGGCAGGAAGUUCGAUAGCAAAGGAAACAUGAAGCAGUGGUGGAGCAACGAAACUAUCAUGAAUUACGCAGACAAGACUACUUGUUUCAUCGAUAAGUACAGCGCGUACUACGUUCCAGAGAUCGACGAGUACAUUGACGGUGAGUUGACUUUGGGCGAAAACAUAGCCGACAACGGUGGCUUGAGACAAGCAUACGACGCCUACCAAGUCUGGAAGUCCAAGCACAAACCUGAAGCACUCCUUCCAGGGUUCAGCGAUUAUACUCACGAGCAGCUACUUUUUAUGGGCUACGCGCACAUGUGGUGCGAGUCGUUCUCGACGGUCGCUCUGCGCUGGAUGUUGCGAGAUUCUCACUGUCCGGGCCACGUGUUAUGU